GUGGUGCUGGACGUGCGGAAACCGGAAGAGGUGCAGGUCAGCAUGAUUCCUGGCUCCAUCACGGUAGAUGAGUUUGAAAAACAGAAGGGCGAGCUCAAGAACAAGACGGUGGUGUGCUACUGCACAGUGGGCUACCGCAGCAGCGCGCACGCGGCCAAGCUGAAGGCGCAGGGGUAUGACGCCAAGAACCUGGAGGGCGGCAUUGUGCGCUGGGCGCAGAAGCGGUAUCCGCUGAUCGCUCGCAGCAGCGGCGAGGAGACCAAGCGGAUCCAUGUGUACGGCAAGGAUUGGGCGCUGCAGCCA